AUGGCCCCCGCAGCAUCAUCCGGCGGCAAGAAGCAAAAGAAGAAGUGGUCCAAGGGAAAGGUCAAGGAUAAGGCCAACCACGCCGUCGUGCUCGACAAGGCCACCUCAGACAAACUCAACAAGGAUGUUCAAUCAUACCGGCUCAUCACCGUGGCCGUCCUGGUCGACAGACUCAAGAUCAAUGGCUCAUUGGCACGAAAGGCGCUCGCAGAUCUCGAAGACAGAGGAGUGAUCAGAAAGGUUGUUGCGCACAGCAGAGGGAGCAUCUAUACAAGAGCCGCUGCUGGUGGCGACUAG